CGCGCCGCCGCUGCGCAGGACCUCCUCCACCAUGGGACCGCUGCAGGCGCUGCUGGCGGCGUUUGCUGUGUGGCGAGUCACGUCUGCGCUGCCGGGUUUCGUCAGGCCCGUCGCCAUCGACUACUACGCUCCCGCGCGGUACGCCUUCAAGUACGGCGUGACGGACCCCAACACGGGCGACAUCAAGCAGCAGUCGGAGUCGCGCCACGGGGACGUGGUGAAGGGCCAGUACUCGCUGGUCGAGCCGGACGGCUCGGUGCGCACGGUCGACUACACGGCGGACCCGGUGAACGGCUUCAACGCCGUCGUCAGCAAGAGUGGGCCCGCCGUGCACCCGCCGCCCGCGCCCAAGCCCGUGGUCGUGGCCAAGCCCGUGGUCGUGGCCGCCCCGCCGGUCGUGCACCAGCCCGCCGCGCACGUCGUCGCCGUGCCGCAGGUCAUCACGGCAGAAGUGGUGAAACCGCAUUACGUGACGCAGCACGAGUAUGACCUGUACGACGGAGCAGCGGGCUACGUGGUGGACAACGCGGCGCACUACCCCCACUACAGCUACUACUGAGGCGGCCAGGGGUAGUGGUCGCCAGGGGCUGUCGGGGGCUGCACGCGAGUGGGCCUCACCACUCAAGCUGCGCCACCGCGGCACAUGCGUUACCUCAUACAAGAGUCUAGACGGUGCUCGCUGUCCUAGGCCUGUAAUUACUCGCGUUCUUACUACGUACCUCUCACAUGUAAAUACAUAUUUACGUAUAUAUAUUGUAACCAACAUAUUAAACAGCAAGAGCAAAGCUAUAACAGCUGUGAGGUUACAGUACGUCUAGCACAUUCUGCGUCGGGACAAUAGAUAAACUUGUCACGUCGCACGUGUUUCCGUCAUAAUUACAAAAAUACAGUGCUCUAACGCCAGUCAAAAUUUAUGAAAAAUGAAGUCCGUAACAUAGUGUACAGUGUACAACAUUUAUUUAAUUUCAUAAAUGUGUAAAAACGUAUGACUAUAAAUAAAAGUAUCUCCUAAAUAUUUAUA